GCAUCAGUCACUGAAACGGAUAUGCUGUGUUGUGUGGUGCAGUGACGUUAUUUCGAUACUCUGGAGGAGUCAGAUAUGACUUGUCGGUAGUUGGGCGGAAUAAAAACUCGCCUUUUAAAGACGGAGUAAACGUCCCCAUUUACAGCAGCAAGAAGGUAGAUUCCAUCUUCGGGCUAUACUAACUCAAAUCCUCCUGGCCAUAACUCAAAGCUCAGACCAUCUGAGCUUAAACGUGACUUAAACAGGAUAUGGACACCCAUGUAAAACGAGGAGAGGUUUAUUUACAACACCAAAAAUAUUCAGAGAAGUGGAAGCGGUACUGGCUAAACCUUUACCCAAACAGUCGGAAUGGUGUGGCUCGACUGGCGCUAACAGAAACAGGUCCAGAACGAUCCCCAGUUAUUGUCCGGAAGCAGCUCGACCGCAAGAUUAUAAGGCUAGCAGACUGUAUCAGCGUUGUUCGACUCCCUCCACACGCAGAGGCCCUACCUGGGGACAGCAUGGCAGCCUUUUGUGUAGAUACAGGUGAAAAGAGGCUGGUGUUUGCUGUAGAGAAAGAGGGCUGUGGAGAGUGGCUGGAGAAGAUCUGUGAAAUUGCAUUUCAGAAGAGCAGUAAUAAUGUGCCACAGCCAGUGCUACAGAUGGAAGAGAAUGAAAUCUAUGCUUCCAGAGAAGAAGUGUUUGAGUUUCUGGUGACUGUGCAGCAGACCGAGGCAUCAGUGCGCUGCAGCCUGCAGGGAACGUAUUGGUUGCAGAUUGGUGAAGACAUGCUCAUGCUCAAGGGCAAUGACAGCAAGCAGAGAGUGAUGGAAUGGCCCUACAAGCUACUGCGCCGGUAUGGAGGAGACAAGAUGACAUUCUCAAUUGAGGCAGGUAGACGCUGUGAUUCUGGUCCUGGCACCUUUAUAUAUGAGACCAAGCAAGGUGAUGAGAUACUCCAUCACAUGGAACUGGCCAUCCAGCAGCAGAAGAGCCUGGCUGUCACUGGAGGUAGCUCCACUGUCCAAACACCUUGCUCCCCAUUGCCUAAACGACCAGGCAGUGGCAACUUGCUGGACAUUCACACCAAUAGCUAUUCUGACUCCAGCUUAAGUCCUAUGUACUCAAGUCCUGUAAGUCCAAUAGGCUCAGCUGAAUCAGAAUGCGUCAAACCUGUAACUGGCUCAUCCCAAACAACACAGAGGCAUUCUGGUGAAUCUACUUCCUUGCCUGAAAUUGUGUACUCAAAUCCUGUUGAUGCUGUUGGGUUUGACAAGAUUAAGCACACACAGCGAGUCAGAUCACAAGUGACUGUGAAAAGCAGUAGUCCUGGUGAUUGUCAUAAUGAGGACUUAGAACCAGUGUAUUCUGAUCCUGUUGAUCUUCUCCAGCCUACAUAUAAUCCACCAAAAUAUGCCUCUGUUAAUCUUGAUAAAGCAAGAGAAACACUUUAUUAUGCCAGUCAGUCAGAACCAGUGUACUCUGAGAUACCUCAUUUCACACCAUACCCAGCACAGAAACACGGAAGUGUGGUUCAGAAUGAGGAAGAACCAAUCUACAGUUUACCCGAGGUUUGUGUAGUUCACAAAACACAGGAGGACGUUCACACCAGCCCUGCAAAAGACAAUAAGCAGAACACACAAAGCAACAGGACAGAGGAAGUCAUCUACAGUCAAGUCAAAAAACCAAAGAAAUCCACAAAGCCUCAAGACAAGUACACUAUUAACAGCUCACAAGAGAUUAUGUCUGAAGACCUUGGACUGAUUUAAAGGAACAAUUGCAUUUGUACUGUUUUUAAAAGCCAUUCAUAAUGAUUAUGUUAUAAUCAUAUAAGCAAAAGUUCCUAUAUUACUACACUUUCAGUGGAAUGUCAAUCAUACAAGUCCUUACAUAAGUUAUUAAUACAACCUUUUGUAUUGUACCCCCCCCCCCAAGCCUCCCCUAUCAUGUGGCAUCCCAA